CUUUCUUUUUUUUGUCCAAACUUUCAUUUCAUUUUAUAUAUCAAAUAUUAUUUAAAUAACUAUUAUAUAAUUUUAUAUAAUAUUUAUAUAAUAUGAAUUAUACUAAACUUAAUACAAAAUAUAAAUUUAAAGCUCUUGUUUCAAAAGAUUUAAGAGAUGAAAUUGAAGAAAAGGGAGUAUGUUCUAAUUGUAAGAGUCCAAAUACUGGAGAAGACUGGUGUAAUAAAUGUGAUCCAGGACGUUUUUUAAGAGAAGGAAAAUCAAGUGGAGAUCCUGAAUUAGAUAAAUUAAUUUAUGAAUCACAACUUCAAACAAAUAAUUAUUAUCAUAAUUUAGAAUGGAUACCUUAUGAUAGGUUUCAAGAUAUUAAACCUAUUGGUAAAGGAGGCUAUGCUAUUGUUUAUUCAGCUACUUGGUUGGAUGGAGAACCUAAUGAACUCCAUAGAGAACGUACUGGUCCUAUUACAGUUGCACUUAAAAAAUUUAAGAGCUCAUUAAAUAUCAUGGAAGCUCUUACUAAUGAGGUUAAAAUACAUAAUGAAUGUAAUACUGGUAGCACUAGAUUAUACGGUAUAACAAGAGGUCCACGAUCAAAAGAACCUAUAAUGGUUUUAGCAUAUGCUAAACAUGGAAAUUUAAGAAAUUAUUUAAAAGAAAAAUUUUCUACUUUAAAAUGGGAACACAAAUUAAAUAUAUUAUCUUUUGUUACAUUAAAUCUUCAAGUUAUUCAUGGAUCAGGAUGUAUUCAUAAAGAUUUACAUAGUGGAAACAUACUCAUUGGUUUUAAUGAUCCAACGUUUAAUUUUGGCGAAUCUUUAAACUCUAAAUUGAGUAGUCUUGGUUUAAACCUUAAUGAUGAUGAAUUUCCUGACACAAAAAUUACUGAUUUUGGGCUUUCACAAUUCAUAAAUAAUUCUAAAACUUCAGAUUCUACAAAUGUAUGUGGAAUACUUCCUUAUGUAGCACCUGAGAUCUUGGAAGGAGAACCUUAUACAGAAGCAAGUGAUAUUUAUAGCUUAGGGAUUAUUAUGACAGAAUUAACUACAGGAAAACCGCCUUAUGGAACUGUACCUCAUAAUGAUGAUCUUACACUUGCAAUUUGCAGUGGUUUAAGACCAAGAGUUGCUAAAGGAACACCUAAACGUUAUAUUGAUUUAGUAAACCAGUGUCUUGAUGCAGAACCACAAGAAAGACCUUCUAGUAUUGAAUUAUAUAGAAUAUUUGAAAAUUGGAAAUUAAAAUUAGAAGAUAAAAAACCAUCAAAAAUCUUUGACGAAUUUUCUGAGGCAGAUAAAAUUAUCUUAGAAUCACCUGCUGAAAUAACAUUACAUGAUGGAGCAAUUUAUAUUAGUCGUAAUAUGAGAUUUCCUAAUAAUCUCCCUAAAUCAGUAAAUUCCCAAAGAGUUCAAUUUGAAGAUAAUAAUGUUUCGGAUUCUGAUUUAAUUAACCGCAUGCUUGUUAUUGCUAUUCAAGAACAGAGUCAAGGUAUUUUUUUAUUUGAAUGUUAUUAUGUUUAAUAAAAUAUAAUUAAAUUAACUAAAGCUUUUUUUUUAUUGUGUAAGAUGACGAUAUGAAAAUUGAAGUACUGAAAGAUUAAUAAUAACUAAACAUUGUGAAAUUAAUGUUAUUCUAACUUUUUUAUUUUAAUAUAAAUAAAAAUUGACACAUUUAGACAACAUAUUUUGAUACAUUAUUAAUUUACUAUUGUAUCACCUUUUAUCAAGUAUUACGAAGUUUUGUAUAUUUGUUAUUUAGUGAUUCAAUAGAACGA